AUGUAUGAUGACUGGUUUGUUUUGGAAUUUCCAUCUGUUAUAUCUUAUGCUAUUACUUUAUCAUACACGCCUAGUAAUGAAUACGAAUCUCUACAUGCUGCAGUUCAUACAUACAUCACUUGGUGUAGCGUUCUUACGAAAGAGCCACACCCUAGUAUUCCAAGACCAUUAAGGAAGGAGCCAGAAAGAUAUGCUAAAGAAAUGAUUUGUGCUCUUCGGGUUAUCUUCAAAAAAAGAGGCGGUAAAGCAGGUUUGGAGGCUGAUGCGGGAAUCAAGAGACAAGCGCAGGAAAUUCAAAAUAUAUUACAAGGGAUUUCUAGUCUUACUUCGAAGUCUCUUGAGAAACACCGAAGCUUUGUUCAAAACAUUUCACUGCAGUUCCUCUUGCAUUCUAGUGAUUUGCUGUUAGCUAGUCAAACCGUUGAAGUUAUUUUUUUACGUGGAUGCCAAAAAUGUCUUGAAGUCAUUCAAACUUUAUUUGAUGAAUUUUUACGAGCCGCACGCUUAGAACAAAUCCCAUCUCCGUCGUACUGGAAAACUCUCUCUGUUUUGUGUAGGAGGUGGCGACAUCAGGUACCACUGGUGGAAAAUUGGGCACGUAAAGUUUUAUCUUUAUCAGUUUUAAUUUUUAUGUAUUUUUUGUUUUUAUUUGUUCUUGAGGAAGUUCUAGAUUUCACCCCACUAGUGGGAUCUUGCGCUGAAAAAGAAGAAUACUCUUCGCUUCAUUUGUGUUGGUUCCAAAUGUUAAAUUUACUUGGAAAUCCAGCAGAAAUCAUAGAUUUUGAUCCUUGCGGUGGUAGCGAUGUUUCUUAUAAUUUUGUUGAGGCUUUGUUAGCUGCAGGUAGGCUUACUAGAACCUGUGCAACUGUUUUCAAAUUAAUUAAUGUUUUUUAUGGUAGGUGUAUAGGAUUUCAAAGUUGA